GCGACCCGGGGCGGUUGACUGGGCGCUGGUCCCCGCGGGUUCCAGACGGUUGGGAGUGGGGCCUCUUCAGCCGCGACCGGCUCCGGGAGGCCCUCCGAGCGGCCUGCCUCUCCGGGCCCAUGAAGAAGGCCUUAGGGGGCAAAGGCAAAAAAGAACCCCAAACCAAGGUCAAGGUCGAGCCAUCCAGUCACAAUUUGAGCAAAACUGAGGAGACCAAACUGACUGUGGGCAGCCUGGGAUUAGGCCUGAUCGUCAUCCAGCACGGACCCUACCUGCAGAUCACCCACAUCCUCAGGAAGGGGGCAGCAGCCAGAGAUGGAAAGCUCAAGCCAGGUGAUGUGCUGAUUAGUGUAGGCCAUGCCAACGUGUUAGGAUAUACGCUUCGACAAUUUUUAAAGCUUUUGCAUCAUAUCACCAUAGGAACAGUGCUACAAGUCAAGGUUUACCGAGAUUUUAUUGACAUACCAAACGAAUGGGAAGAUAUAUAUGAUUUAAUUCCUGAGACCAAGUUCCCAGUAACACGCACGAGGUCCGAGCAGUCAAAAGGUUCUUUGGCAGGCAGUGAUGACAAUGAAGAUGUAGUUUCAGAUAAAAACCUUGAGUAUUACAAACAGCAGAAGCCAAAAGGGCAGCAGUCUGCAAAGAGACCAAUGUCCAUCUCCAGAGAAUGGCACGGGUAUAAAAAGAAGAGCCACACCAUGAGCGUGGGGAAAGACGCACACUGUGAUGUGAUGCUUCACAGAGACCAGAAGAAGGAAGUGCGACCCCCCUCUCCGUACUGGACAAUGGCGAAGCGAGACUUUGAAAGCUCCUCCUCCUCCGGCUCCUCGGCCUCCGACGCGUUUUGGCUGGAAGACUAUGUCAAAGUUGAAAAGGACAAGGGGCAACCUGCACCGAAAGUUGCUUAGGCGUUAGUUUGCAAAUUGCAACCAUACGACCAUUUAUUUCACAACAUCCAGUUUUUUGUACAUCGCCAUGAACAUUUUUUUGUGUACUGCUACAUUUACAGGCACAUGUGCAGACAUCACUAUGUUGUAAAACCUUUGGAGACCUUCUUCAGCAUAAUAUCCACAGAUGUCCCUGGGGCCUCACUGGCCUCACAAACAAUCUCAAAUAACGUCAUUGGGACUCCUUACUGAGAAGAAAGUCUGUUUUCAAAAAAUGCGGCAGAGGAGCCCACUAUCAAAAGGUGUGAACACGGCAGAGAAUUUCACUUUUUAAGAUCUGAUGAUGACAGAGAGCCCUCCUGCUGCACCUAACAGCAUGGGAGUAACAGACACAGACCAAGGAAGCGAGCGGAUGAGUUCCUUCUGAAACUGAAUCAUUAAGGCGAAGUUAAAUCGUAAGUUUAUGUUUGCUUACCUUUAUGACAUCUGCGUCAGCUACUGAGUCAAUCUGCUGAAGGACUGUGGAUGGUGGUGUAUAUGAACCAGCGACUAGAGCCUGGCACCCGACUUCAUCCAGGAAACCUUCAGAAGACUCCACCGACAUCAAAUAUCCAGCUUUCAGCUUGUUCCUGUCCAAUAAAAGGUGUGUGACUAAGGCAAAAGCCAGCUUUAGAGAGCAGGCGAUUUUAAAGUAUGCUCUCAAACUCUUAAACAUGUGAAUAUGUGAAUUAACAGCUUUGAAAUCUUAGUGUUAAAGCCCUCGUUCUACUGCUUCAGUUCACCAAAUGUUUUAUUAUUUACAUUGUCAUUUAGAAAGUUGUCAAUACAAGAUUAUGCUGAAUUUCAACAGACUGGCUUUUGAUUUUGGAAGGGAAUUUAGAUCUAGUUAAAACUAUUUUAAUGUGAAAUUCUUAUUAGUAAACUAACUCUUGCCUCCUGAUACUUUUUUUUGGGUGCUAAUUGUAGACAUUUCUAUUAAAGAAAAAUAACUUUACAGGCCCAUAAAGCACUGUCCACUCAUCAUAAUGUUGUAUGUAUGCUGUCUUUGUAUUUCUACUCCCCCACCCCAUUUCUAUGCUUGGAUUUGUCUCACCGAGGGGAGGGUAUGGAGAAUGCAGGAGAGAAGAACAGUAUAGUCUUAUAGGUCCCUAAUAGCAACACAAAAGCAAAUUGAAAUAAAAACAAAAUCCAAUUCAUAAUUCUCCCAGAAGGAAACUGGUUUCAAUAAGGUACUUGAGUUAUUUCACUCUCAAAAUCUUUUCUUUUGGCCUCUGCUGUAAGACUUCCAUUUAAACAUAAUUACAAUUUAAUGUAGCAAUUUUGCCAUACUGUCAACUUAAUUUAAAAAUGAUUUUACCGGCAAUAAACCAAGAAAUUAUUGGUUUGUCCCGUCAACAGUGACAUCUUACAUUUUCUUUUUCACUAAGGAAGACUAAACACUUUACAAGAAAAAGUACCAAUUCCGUCAAAAUGGCAGAAAACAAACACAUCUUGACAUUACUAAUCUGAAUUCAUUUUCUACAUGUUGUUGUACCUUGUAAAAACUGUGCUACACUUUAAUACAUUUUCUUAAAUUAGGUUUC